AUGGGACCUAGAAGAAAUUCAUGCCACAUUUUUCAAAUGCAUAAGUUGGCAAAUGCAAGAAACAAAGGAUACAAUCAAUUGCCCUUACCAUUAUGUAUGUGACAAAACUUACCCUCCAAAUUAUCAUCUUUCAAUUGAUAUCUUAGUCCUCUCUUCACAACAAUUUCUUAUUUUUUGACUCUUUUCAUUUUGAUAAUGAAUAUUAUCUCAAGAAAAGGAACAAUGUUUUUUAGUCUAACAAAAAGAUUUUUUUUACCAUCUGGUCCUAUAUCUCUUCCACUUAUAAUAUUAAUCUUUGCAAAGGGGAAUCAAAUCAACACAAUUUUCCCACUUUCUUGUAUUGGUCCAGCAAUUCUUCUAUUGGUUCUAAUUUCUGCAUUAUCCUUUGAUAAUGAAGCUGAUUAUAAGGACAUUCAAUACACAUUUUUUGCAGCAUCAACAGUUUCUGGAAUUUUGCAUGCAAGUUUAUAUUUGGAUUCAAUUGCGUUGGCUUAUUAUACCGGUUUCGACGCGUUGAUGUCUUCAACACUUUCAGGUGAAUGUGCAACAUGUGUGUGUAGGAAAGAAGCUUUGGCUGUUGGAGGGAAACUAGUGAAGUACAAAGGUUGGUCAAUGACAACAUUUUUUGUUGGUAGUGUUCUUUGUUUGAGGAUUAUAUGUACAAUCUUUGGAGAAAAUGUGGGGAAAUUUGUGUCCAUGAUUAAAGUGUUGAUGGAAAGGUUUAGUUGGAUUUUGAUAAGUUUGGAUUGUGUUUAUUUGAUUGCAAAGUCACCACCAGAAAGAGUAAUGUUGAGAGUUGUUGCUUUUGGAUGCAUAUUUCUUUUGAUUGUGCUUCAUGUUCUUAAAGAGGCAUGUAGUCAAAUUCAUGCAAUGGCUUAUGUGGCAGAAAAAUUGAGAUUGGUGUCAAUGUCAACACCAAUAGCAUAA